UUUCCGUCAGUCGAUUGUCAACAUUCAGUACGAUCAGACUCAUUAGGUUAAUUUUUAGUUAACAACAAAGAUAAUUAGUUUUAUUUUCAAAAAGUACAACAAACAAAAUUAAGAAACAAAAUGACAACAUUCAAGCAAGUUCCUCUUACAUGCGGUGGCCAUACUAGACCAGUCGUGCAUUUGGAUUUUAGUGACGUUACAAAAGAUGGAUAUUAUUUAAUUUCGGCUUGCAAAGAUGGCAAGCCCAUGUUACGACAAGGUGAAACAGGUGAUUGGAUUGGCACGUUUGAAGGUCAUAAAGGCGCUGUGUGGGGGGUAGCUUUGACUCAAAAUGCUAAUCUUGCUGCAAGUGGAGCAGCUGAUUUCUCAGCAAAAAUAUGGGAUGCUCGCUAUGGUGAAGUGGUGCAUACGUUUGACCAUGAGCACAUAGUGAAAAGUGUAAACUUCAACGCUGACGACACCAUGCUCCUCACCGCCAGUAACGAGAAACUCAUACGAGUAUUUGACCUCAACAAACCUGAAGCAGGAGCUUUGGAGAAAAUAAGCGCGCAUACGAGUAGCAUCAGACAUGCAGUCUUCCUUCAUAACUCACGCAUUGUAAGUGUGAGUGAUGACCUUACAAUGAGAGUCUGGGAUCGUACCAGUGGACAGGAGGUCCAAAAAGUUGAAUUCCCUACAAUUCCGAACAGUUUAGAACUGUCACGAGAUGGGGCUAUAUUAACAGUAGCUCAUGGUACAAACGUGUCGUUUUACUCUUCGGACACAAUGCGCAAGAUGCGCGAGUUCCCCGUGCCCACGAAGUGCUACUCCGCGUCACUCGCGCCCAGCCGCGCCACCUUCGUGUGCGGCGGCGAAGACUUGAAAGUCUAUAAGUUUGAUUAUAAUACGGGGACGGAACUUGAAUCAAACAAAGGUCACUUCGGUCCAGUCCACUGCGUGCGAUGGUCGCCGGACGGCGAGCUGUACGCGACGGGGUCGGAGGACGGCACGGUGCGGCUGUGGCAGGCCGUGCCGGGCCGCGUGUACGGCCUGUGGCGCCGCAGCAAUGAUACCACGCCCGUCAUCAACGGGUUCAAGGAGGUCGCUGCUAAUUGAUGCUACUGGCCCCUUCCAUACGGAUCAUGGAGCAGUGACAGUGCAAUCAAAAUUGUUCACUUGGUGGCAUCACUGUGUUGUGGUGUAGUUGUCACCAGGCCAUGUGUAUAAUGAACUUAAGGGGGACUAGCCUGAAAAAUCAAGACUUUUUAAGUAUUCAAGGUAAAUUUUAAGAGUUUGUGUUGUUUAUUUUUUUGCAACACUAAUUUUUUAUACUCAGACCUAAUGUAUUUAUUGUAAAAAGGAACUAAAUAGACUUGAUAUGCAACAAAAUAAAGUGAUUUGUAAAUAUUUUAAGA